AGUUUAUCACAGCCUUCCUCAAGCGACUUGUGAAAAGACACCCACACGGUGUCCACAGCGACGGCAAACCUUGCAAGGACAAUGGCACCUUAUUCCCCAGAUCAGAAGCUCCCUUGACUCGUAUCAUAUGAAAAGCAGGCCAGUGGCUGCUCAAUUUCUCAUUGCAUUCUUCCGUCCACUUUAGCCUUGCCACCUUUCUUUCUUUCUAAGUUUCUUUCUUUCUCUGUUGCUGGUCAUCUUCUACCUUUGUAGCAUUUCUUCUCUAGCGCUGCGUCACUUUGGUCUUCUGUUGCAUCUACACGGCCCAUGAUGUUGCCAGCCAAAGCUUAUAUCUUCAUCAGUCUCAAUGCUGUCCGCACUCUUAGCGUUAUCGCCCUUCUUUUAGUUUUCUCCAGCAGCAUCCUGGUGAUGGUUGAUGACGUCGAGGCUGUCAAUGUAUUUGUCAGUGGCGGGAGCAACUCAAACUCCACGAGUAACUAUGGCUACAUCCAGAACAGCACAGUUCCCAAUCAGCCAGCUGGCGUAUUCUGGGCAGUUUUGAAUCGGCUGUUGAUCAUUGCCCAGACCAUCGUUUUAAUUCUUUCAGAACUAGGCUGGCCCAUGGCAUUUUUUGACCACUACUUCCCCGUUCUCGGGAGCAACUUUGGAGUAGGUGCGCUGGGAUUGAUGCAAUGCCUCAUCGGGGCGUCUGUUCUCUCUCACUUCGUCAAAGUUUUCCCCUUGGUCUCUGCUUUCUUCCUCUUUUCCAUUGGCUGCCUCAACAUUCUGAUCGGUCUUAUCUUCCGAGAACACGUCAAGUCCACGCGCUCCAUAUUGUCUUUUCGGGACAAAACAGAGGACGUGUUGUCAUCACUUGAUAAAAAUAAAGAGCACUUCAGCAGAUCCAGGAUGGAUCGAGACGCAGAAAAAGGCUUGAGCGUCAAAGAACCUGAUGUCGUGCACGCUCGCGGUUAACUGUGCUAUCAUUUAUCACACCGCCAUGGCCCAAUUCCCGCCAGUUUGUAAUAUAAGGGAUCGAGCGUCCGAUGAGCGCUCAGCUUUUGGAGUCCUAAGUACAUAUACAUUAGCUUUUCUAUCCAACUUUCACUGAAUUGUACAUCUACGCAACCCACCGUUCACCGUACUGUCAUUACACCUCGUGUAUUUCCUAGCGCAUUCUUGAAUUUCACUGCUGUUAGCAGACAUGUCACG